GUUCAUAAAUAUAAUUUGCUGUUUCACUUUUCUUUGAAAUGAGCAACGUGAAUUACUCAGAGGAGAAAGGCAGGAGAGAUAGAGGCAGCAGAAGCCAGGGCAGCUGAAAGACAGAGACCUUCAGGUCUGCUGGAGUUUGCUGGAGGUCUACUCCAUACCCUGUUUGCCUGGGUAUCACCAGCAGAGGCUGCAGAACAGCAAAGAUUGCUGCCUCCUCCUUCCUCUGGAAGCUUCAUCCCAGAGGGCACCUGCCAGAAGCCAGCCAGAGCUCUCCUGUAUGAGGUGUCUCUGUUGACCCCUGCUGGGAGGUGUCUCCCAGUCAGGGGGCAUGGAGUUUAAGGACCAACAGGGUUUGGGGAUCCACUUGAGGAGGCAGUCUGUCCCUUAGCAGAGCUCAAGUGCUGUGCUGAAAGAUCCGCUGCUCUCUUCAGAGCUGGCAGGCAGGAACGUUUAAGUCUGCUGAAGUUGUGCCCACAGCCGCCCCUUCCCCCAGGUCCUCUGUCCCAGGGAGAUGGGAGCUUUAUCUAUAAGCCCCUAACUGGGGUUUCUGCCUCUCUUUCAGAGAUGCCCUGCCCAGAGAUGAGGAAUCUAGACAGGCAGUCUGGCUAUAGCAACUUUGCUGUGCUAUGGUGGGCUCUGCCCAGUUCGAACUUCCUGGCAGCUUUGUUUACACUGUGAGGGGAAAACCGCCUAUCCAAGCCUCAGUAAUGGCGGAUACCCCUCCCCCACCAAGCUCACACAUCUCAGAUUGACUUCAGACUGCUGCUGUGCUGGCAGCAAGAAUUUCAAGCCAGUGGAUCUUAGCUUGCUGGGCUCUGUGGGGGUGCAUCUGCAAGUGAUCUGCAAGAUCACUUGGCUCCCUGGCUUCAGCCUCCUUUCCAGAAGAGUGAAUGGUUCUGUCUUGCUGGCGUUCCAGGCUCCACCAAGAGCAUCUCGUGGAUUCGUGUUUAGUGGAAGAUACUGUGGGAAGUGCUAACUUGAAGGAUUAAUAACUCUUUUCUUUUUUUUUGACAUCAUUUACACGCCAACCAUGUUUUUUGAGUAUUAUCUUCACAUAGAUGUCUAAAGAAGAAUUGAAAAAUAUUAUUGCUGCAUCAGAAAUAUGUUGACAAACCACCUUUUGGGUCUGAACCAACAACAAGCAAAGUUAAAUUAUGGAUAUCCAAGGGAGUCUAUAGAAGGUCCAUGCAAGAUAUGGAGAGUUCCUCAACAGAGACAUUUUGACUAUUUAUCUGAACUAGAGAUCCCUUGAAUGUGCACACAAAAAGUGAAUGGGUCAUUUGAUAAGAGCCCAAGACCAUCAGAAACACUCCUGUAAUGGAACAAGUUGGCUUUCUUACUAAUUGCAACAAGGCUUUUGAAAGCCUUCUCUCAUCUUCCUGGGGAUCAUCUCUCCAGGUGUACAGAGACAGCGUAGGGAAAACUAGUUUCCAAGAUGGCAGAAUAGGAACAGCUCCAGUCUGCAGAUCCCAGUGUGAGCAAUGCAGAAGACAGGUGAUUUCUGCAUUUCCAACUGAGCAUGAAGAGAAAUUUUAUGUCCUUGCAUCCAUCCAUCUCCAUAUCAGAAAUGGAACCAAAUGGCACCUUCAGCAAUAACAACAACAGCAGGAACUGCACAAUUGAAAACUUCAAGAAAGAAUUUUUCCCAAUUGUAUAUCUGAUAAUAUUUAUCUGGGGAGUUUUGGGAAAUGGUUUAUCCAUAUAUGUUUUCCUGCAGCCUUAUAAGAAGUCCACAUCUGUGAAUGUUUUCAUGCUAAAUCUGGCCAUUUCAGAUCUCCUGUUCAUAAGCACGCUUCCCUUCAGGGCUGACUAUUACCUUAGAGGCUCCAAUUGGAUAUUUGGAGACUUGGCCUGCAGGAUUAUGUCUUAUUCCUUGUAUGUCAACAUGUACAGCAGUAUUUAUUUCCUGACUGUGCUAAGUGUUGUGCGUUUCCUGGCAACGGUUCACCCCUUUCGGUUUCUGCAUGUCACCAGCAUCAGGAGUGCCUGGAUCCUCUGUGGGAUGAUAUGGAUCCUUAUCAUGGCUUCCUCAAUAAUGCUCCUGGACAGUGGCUCUGAGCAGAAGGGCAGUGUCACAUCAUGCUUAGAGCUGAAUCUCUAUAAAAUUGCUAAGCUGCAGACCAUGAACUAUAUUGCCUUGGUGGUGGGCUUCCUGCUGCCAUUUUUCACACUCAGCAUCUGUUAUCUGCUGAUCAUUCGGGUUCUGUUAAAAGUGGAAGCCCCAGAAUCAAGGCUGCGGGUUUCUCACAGGAAGGCACUGACCACCAUCAUCAUCACCUUGAUCAUCUUCUUCUUGUGUUUCCUGCCCUAUCACACACUGAGGACCCUCCACUUGGUGACAUGGAAAGUGGAUAUAUGCAGAGACUGGCUGCAUAAAGCUGUGGUUAUCACACUGUCCUUGGCAGCAGCCAAUACCUGCUUCAAUCCUCUACUCUAUUACUUUGCUGGGGAGAAUUUUAAGGACAGACUAAGGUCUGCACUCAGAAAAGGCCAUCCACAGAAGGCAAAGACAAAGUGUGGUUUCCCUGUUAGUGUGUGGUUGAGAAAGGAAACAAGAGUAUAAGGAGUUCUUAGAUGAGACCUGUUCUUGUAUCCUUGUGUCCAUCUUCAUUCACUCAUAGUCUCCAAAUGACUUUGUAUUUACAUCAUUCCCAACAAAUGCUGAUUCUUAAUAUUUAGUUGACCAUUACUUUUGUUAACAAGACCUACUUCAAAAAUUUUAUUCAGUGUAUUUUCAGUUGUUGAGUCUUAAUGAGGGAUACAGGAGGAAAAAUCCCUACUAGAGUCCUGUGGGCUAAAAUAUCAGAUUGGGAAAAAAUGCAAAGCACAUUGGAUCCUACUUUUCUUCAGAUAUUGAACCAAAUCUCUGGCCCAUCAGGCUUUCUAAAUUAUUCAAAACAGCCACAACUUCCCCAGCUUUUCCAGCUCCCCUGUCCUCUUCAAUCCCCUGAGGUAUAGCCAACUAAUGACGCUACUGGAAGCCGCAGAGCAGAAAAGAAGCACAUCCUAAGAUUCAGGGAAAGACUAACUGUGAAGAGGAAGGCUGUCCUAUAACAAAGCAGCAUCAAGUCCCAAGUAAGGACAAUGAGAGAAAAGAGGGGAGAAGGAUUGGAGCAAAAGAGAACUGGCGAUAAGUAGGGGAAGGAAGAAUUUCAUUUUGCAUUCGGAGAGAGGUUCUAACACACUGAAGGCAACACUAUUUCUACUGUUUCUCUCUUGCCAGGGUAUUAGGAAGGACAGGAAAAGUAGGAGGAGGAUCUGGGGCAUUGCCCUAGGAAAUGAAAGAAUUGUGUAUAGAAUGGAAGAGGGAGCAUCAAGGACAUGUAUCUCAAAUUUUCUUUGAGAUGCAGGUUAGUUGACCUUGCUGCAGUUCUCCUUCCCAUUAAUUCAUUGGGAUGGAAGCCAAAAAUAAAAGAGGUGCCUCUGAGGGUUAGAGUUGGGCACUCCAGGGAAAGAUGGAGUAGAGGGCAAAUUGCAAACGUUGUUGCACUCCUGAAAUUCUAUUAACAUUUUGGCAGAAUAUGAGUAGGGAGAUGCUGCCUUCCCUUUUGAAAUAGCGUAGGAAAACGCUAAAUAGUGUGAGAGGUUCCUUUCUGUCCACUGAAACAAGGCUAAGGAUACUACCAACUACUACCACAAUGACCAUUGUAGUGACAACAAUUGAAUGCAGUCUCCGUGCAGGGCAGAUUAUGCCAGGCACUUUACAUUCAUUGAUCCCAUUUGACAUUCACACCAAAGCUCUGAGUUCCAUUUUACAGCUGAAGUAAUUGAAGCAUAGAGAAAUUAAGAAGCUUGUUUACGUUUACACAGCUAGUAAGAGUUUAAAAAAUCUCUGUGCAGAAGUGUUGGCUGGGUGCUCUCCCCACCACUACCCUUGUAAACUUCCAGGAAGAUUGGUUGAAAGUCUGAAUAAAAGCUGUCCUUUCCUACCAAUUUCCUCCCCCUCCUCACUGUCACAAGAAAACCAAGAGUUUCUCUUUACUACGAGUUGUUGACUCGUAGUACAGUAAAGGGUGUAGGUGAUAUGGCAUUCUGAAAGUAGGGAGGGACUAAGUAAGUCAUCAUACUAAACACAAAUCCCAGUACCCUUUCCUUAUUUAGCUUCCAGAAUGAUGACAAACAGACACAAUCCCUGUCAAGACAGGACCCUGGAGGAUUCUCCUAUGGGGAAACUGCAUAAUCUGAAAAAAAUGCUGACAGAUACAAAUAGUUGAGGAUCCUUCAACACAAAAGCUGGGUGUCUGCCCUGUUACUCACCUGAUGAUGAAGCCCACAGUGCAACAAAUCCCUUCCACUCACAGCAUUUGGUCAACCUGUCAGAGCCUCCUUCUUAAUUAUGAACAAUAGUCAAUGAACACAAUACAUUUGAGGGAAAGGCCAUAACAUGAAAGGCACCAACAAAUAAAUGUGAGAGUAGAUAGAGAUCUUUUGAGUAUAAAAGGUCCUCCAAAAUAAGAGAUUAAACCAAGAUAGAGGAAAACACAGUAGCUAGGAAACAAGGAAUCCAACAUAGGAGAAAGUGAAGGGAAUUCCCAGGAUGUUGGUGUGUAGCAGGCUUAGAAAGCAACUCAUUCAUGUUGGAGCAGGACUUUUUUUUUUUUUUUUUUGAGAUCGAGUCUCGCUCUGUCUGGAGCAGGACUCUUAAAGGACUCUAGGAGAGAUGUCUCUCAGAAAAAGAAGAAAUUGAUUCAUACACAUUGAGAGGGAUUUAGAUUUCUCUUGCAGAGAUUGAGAUAAACUAGUCACAAAUACAUAGAAAAAUAAGCAAGUAAAAACACAAUAGAGUUUUUAAGUGCUAGAGGAAAAGAAACUUUUGUAUUAGAGAGGAAGUAUAACCACAGUACACUACAUGGCUCAGCUGUGAAUAAUAUUUACAUAGAGGAUAAUGUAAAUAUAAUAGUCUCCUUUAUCUGUGGUUUUGCUUUCUGCAGUUCAGUUAUGGCCAACCAGUCUGAAAAUAUUAAAUGGAAAAUUCAAGAAAUAAUUAUUAAGUUUUAAAACAUGUGCUGUUUUGAGUAGCAUGUUGAAAUCUCACACUAUCCUCCUCCACCCAUGUUCUGGGCAGGGCAAAGUGGGAUGGUGUGAGAUUUCUCCAGUGGAUCCACAAUGUAUAUGCUACCCACCCAUGAGUCACUUAGUCAUUAUCCAGUUGCUCAGACCAACUGUUGUGGUAUAACAGUGUUUGUGUUAAAAUCACCCUUAUUUUACUUACUAAUGUCCCCAAAGCAUGAGAAUAGUGAUGCUGGCAAAUAAGAUACACCAAAGAGAAGCUGUAAAGUUCUUCCUCUAACAGAAAAGGUGGAAGUUCUUGACUUAAUAAGGAAAGAAAAAAAACACAUGCUGAAGUUGCUAAGAUCUACAGUAAGAACAAAUCCAUCUGUAAAAUUGUGAAGAAGGCAAAAGAAAUUUGUGCUAGUUUUGCCAUUGCACCUCAAGCUGCAAAAAUUAUUUAUUACACCCCACAGUGUGUGAUAAAUGCUUAGUUAAGAUGAAAAGGUAUUAAAUUUAUGGGUGGAAGACAUGAACAGAAAUGUUUUCCAAUUGACAGCAAUAGGGUUUUGUACUAUUUGGGUUUGGUAUUAUUCGUAUUCAGAGUCUUGGAAUGCAACUCCCACAGAUAAGGGGGUGCUGCUGGGGUGAAAUACUGUGAUAUAACCUUUUUUUCAGGAAAUGAAGGGAGAAGAUGUGCACGUGUGUGGGAGAGGUAUAAGAGACCUAUGUUGCCAUAUUCCAUUACAGAAAAUGCAUAAUAACUAAAUCUGAAAAAUGAUGAAUAGCUGUACAACCAUAUUAUUUAGCAAUAGGAGAUAAAUACAGGUAGAAGCAGAAGAAAGAAUGAGCAGGGGUUACCUCUAUGGAGAAGCUGGGGUGGGAGGAUAGGGUGGGGACUUCUCAUUUUAAAAACUGUAUAAUUGCCUAACUUGUGAAUAUGUAUUUCUGAAGUAAAAUAAAAAUUAAGUUAAAAUUAAAUUUUAAAAUUCAAA